CAAAAACGAAACUGAUGAAUAAAGCCAGUCGAUGGAAGGACCAUUAACCUACCGGCCACUUGACAGUAUGCAUAGAAUCAAUUUGGCAUGACAUAAGUGAAACGAAUGGAUUACAGUACAUAUACAACUGAAAUUCAAAUCUUAUCACAAAAAACUCUAUAUGAAGGUUGAUAACACCCAUAAAAAUGCCUGACACGGACAACUAUUAUCGGUUGGUGACAUUCAUAAUUAACACAUGUGCUUCUGUGUUGCGGAGGUUGUUCCUUGAACAAGCAAGAAUAUGUGCCGGUACAUCCUUUACAACAGUACAAGCGUAUCUUCGGACAAGACAGAGAGACAUUGACAAGUUGAAAAUGAAGAAGAUAAUCUCAAAAAAGCAAUAUGAAUUACUCUUUCCAUCUGCUGUUCCGGUGGAUGAAAACAACUGGGAUAUUUCGUUGCUCUCUGUUCUGAUUAAGAACCUGUACCCAACUGUACAAUCUACUGUCAUUACUGACGUUCUAGCCAUACGAGACGUUCGAAAUAACAUGCAGCACAUUGCAAAUACUGCACAUAUUAGUUAUUCGGAUUUCGAUAAAAACUGGAAAGCAUUGCGAUCAGCGUGUCUCAGAAUCGCUCUUUUUACCAAAGGCAGGGUAUACGAAGAAGAAAUUGAAAAAGAAAUUGAAGCCAGUUUGACUAAUAGUAUGCCAAAUCUUGGUGACUCCCUUCGCCAAUGGUACACACGGGAAUUUGCUGAGAGUCUUUACAAGCGUAUUGACGAGCUUUCAGAGGAAAUUAGAGAACUUCGAAAAGAUACAUCAAAGGCAUCCGCAACUUUGAAUGCAGUAAUUACCAAACGCCCAUCAGCGACUGCACACGGGAAACCAUUUAAACGCAUUAAGGCGACAACGCCUAUAUCGGAAAGACCAUUUGAUGAAUUUCGGAAAUUUAUGACUACAGAAAUGACACCAAAUAUUCAACCUCAUGUGGAUUGCACGGAAAUCAAAAAUAGAAUUAGCACCCGUAGGAUUGCAGUAAUCACCGGUUAUGGAGGGAGUCAUUAUAUACACACAACGGCGCAUGCAAUUCGAGAACUGAAUCUCAAAGAAGAACUAUGCACUUUGAUAACAGAUCCUAGUGACUGGAAGCAUAUUAACCCGAUGGAACUGCAGCUUGUCUUGUUCAAAUGCCCAUUCGGAGACUCUGAGCCUAACGAAGAAAAAGCUAGAGUGAUGUUUGAUGUCAUGGAUAGCAUAAAACAAACGCUUCUGGAUGACAAAUGCAAUAUGUUUGUGGUUGUGUUAUCACAGACUGAGGUCAUGCGUGCAGCUAUAGAAAUUAUUGGAAAAAGCCAUGACCUACUUGAAGAUCCAGUUACUUGUCACAAAGAGAACACAAAGCUUGACCCAGAUAUCAUUGGUCAAGGUAUUCGAUCCAGUGUUACUGCUAAAGGACCAAACAACAUUUCAAAUUUGCUGGAACUGACAGAUGCAUAUAAAACGAGGUUAAUGCGUAUAGACCAUAUGUCCCCGGCUGUUAUUGAAGCUAAGAAACAAAUGAAAUCUUCGAAAGUGGUACUGCUGACAGGCAAAAAUCAGCAUGAUUUAACACAGGUUGGACUCUCCCUUGCAACAUCCUACAAUUACGGACUUAGCCAAUUUCUCAUUGUGCGAAAAAGUGAAGAACUUGUUAACGUACCAAUAAAAAACAUAUCAUUACUAAUGAUAGAAAACCUGGCGGGUAAAUAUGAUUACGAAAAGCAAAGAGUGUCAAGUUGGCUUGAGAUUCUCGAAAUGCUGCUUUCUGUUGUAGUGAAAAAACAACUCAAAAUUGUACUAACUUUAGAGAGUGAAAAAUUAACAAGAUGCAUUUUGGACUUCAAGAAAGAACACGAGGUGUUCUCAUACCUAGUAGAAGUAAAUCCUGCGGCGAUACGAUACAUCAAAGACGAUCUACCAGCUCAGCAAACACCAUUGAGUAUUCGAUAUUGUCGUGCAAUGCUGCAACAAGAAGUGAAACCCGUCACAUUGACAUUUGUGACGGACCUUAGGCUGUUGCAAGAAGAGAAGGACGAGGAGGAAAGUAACAUAACCGGGAUGACCGUCGUUGAGGACAGAUUCCUGGUGGCUACUGACUGGAAGAAAAAGUGUUUGCGAUGUUUCGACAUAGACAUCGGUAAACAAAUACACCGGUAUACGAUGGAAGUAAAUCCAUGUAGUAUAACGACAUUACCUGACAGUCGCGUGGCAGUUACACAGAACGAUGAUAUUCAUUUUUGAUCAAAGUUUCGCCGUCAGGACAAUUGAAGUUUGAAAAGAAAAUUAAAGGUGGUGCAGGAUGUAAAGGAAUAGUGUACAGCAACGACCAACUUGUUGUGUCAUACAUUGAUCCAGGAAGUAAUGUUCACAUUCUGGAUAUGGAAGGUAACAUCUCAAAAGUGUUCCAGAAAAAUGAUGCCGGUGAAAAUUUGUUCAUGAAUCCUUGGGGUCUUGCAAUGAGUUCUGACAAUAACACAAUAUACGUCAGUGACUGGGGCAAGAACACUGUAACUGCCCUGAGUUAGGAUGGUCGUGUUUUAGGUGAUGGGAAGGAUGAAGGAAAUCUACGUUGCCUUCGUGAUAUAACGGUAGACUCUACAGGGCGAGUGUACGUGUGUGGUGAGGAUUCACACACUGUGUGUUUGGUAUCCUCUGAGACCGGCCCAAUUACAAGAUUGCUUGGGGAAGAGGAUGAUGUGAGGUGGCCACUGGCUGUGGCGGUCUUUGAUAAAACAAGCAAUUUGUAUGUUGGGAUGCGAGCCAGCAAAGUAAUUAAAGUGUUCCACAUAGAAUAGAGAUACGACAAUAACGUGCUAAGAAAUGAAUUGAUUGAAAAGAAGUGGUUGAACGUAUUAUUUAAAGUUGGUUUAAAUACAAAAUCGUAAAAGCCCGGUUUGUAACCAGAUAAAUGAGGCAAGGUGAAUGCCAAUAAAAGAUCAUGUUCAUUGGUGGAUGUCUCUGAGCAGCUAAAUGUAUCAUUCAUAAAAUUUCAAUAUUUAACGGUAGAGUAAUAAAAUGAGAAUUCACACAAUAAUUGAAUUGGUAUUGAGGUUUUAUAUCAAUUAUAUUUAAAAUUGG